UACAGCCACUAUAUCUCUUCCUGCAUGACCACCGCAAUUUGGUCCUCCCUUCUAAAGUCUUUUUAGAAUGAACUGUAUAGAACGCACCGCCCAUUGAUAGCAGCAGAUGUCCAUUUGAUUUCGUAAAGAUUACGACAUUUCCUUAAAAUAAUGGAAAUAAUGAUUAAGUGUUCUGGUGUAUUGUGUCUAUGUAACGUGGGACUGAUUUAGUUUUAUAUUAGGCUUGUUUGCAAGAGAGCGUCUCAAGCACUUCACACAUACUUCCAUUAAAAGCGAAGAGCUUCAGUUUAAUAGAGCGAAUAUAGGUUAUCAAAUGAUAUUCACAUGUUCUGUAAAACAAUACGCAAACACUCCAUGAGGCACCUACGUGAAUCUUGCAAUAUAAAAAGGGAUUCCAUUUCUAUUUCCCAUCAUUCGAUCAGCUGUUUUCAAUCUUCCAUCUGCCUUUCUGUUAUCGGUUUAAAAUGUCCAAACUGGCUAUUGUAUUUUUGAUUCUUUGUGUGGUGACCAUGUGGGCGGUGGCUCUAAACUGCCAGUCCUGUGGUGACGAGUGCGCCCCAGCCUGCGGUACCAGAUACUUUAGAACUUGCUGCUUCAACUACUUAAGAAGGAAGAGGGGGUUUAAUGCAGAGAUGUACUCCCAUUCCCGCAAUGAGCUUCCUCAAAUACUCGUCGAGGACACCUGGAGCCAAGAUCCAAUCGAAGUCUAUGAUUCUAUAUAAACUUAACAUCUCUAAAUAAAAUAAAAGUGAAAACAAAAAACAACAAUUGUAAAUAAAAC